AUGGUAGAAGAAUAUUGGGUAGAAUUUUUAAAGGUUGAUGAUACAUCAGGGCUUGGACUUUUUACUGAGCUUAAAAACAUGUUGACCAAUCUUGAGCUGGACAUUGAUGAUAUAAGAGGUCAGGGGUAUGACAAUGGGUCUAAUAUGAAAGGGAAGCAUAAAGGUGUACAGACAAGAUUACUUGAAAUAAAUCCGAGGGCUUUUUAUACUCCAUGUGAUACUAGUGAAGAUCCUAAAACAAAGAGCGAAGCUGAGUCCUUAGCAACACAUGAACUUCAGAAUUUUGAGUUCUUGCUUGGCAUGGUAAUUUGGUACAAGUUGUUGCAUGCAAUCAACACUGUAAGUAAAUUCCUUCAAGCUGAAAAUAUGGAUAUUGAUGUUGUUAUCAGUCUUUUAGAAGGACUUCUUUUGUUUCUUGAUGACUAUAGAGAAUCUGGGUUUGAUAAGGCCAUGGUUGAAGCGAAACAAAUAGCAAAUGAAAUAGGAGUUGAAGCUAAUCUUGAAAAAUCCUUGACACAUAAUGGUCAUUCUGAUAUUGAUGGAGAUGAUUUGUUUUUGGAGUUGACAAUCUUGAAAUACUCUUUACCGAAAGAAACAAAAAAAGCAAUUGAUGUGGUGAACUAUUUGAAGAGAAUGGAUGGGUGUUUCCCAAAUGCUUGUGUAGCGUACAGAAUUUUGUUAACUAUACCAGUUACAGUUGCAUCUGCAGAAAGAAGUUUCUCCAAGUUGAAGUUGAUCAAGACUUAUCUCCGCUCAACUAUGUCACAAGAUAGAUUGAAUGGAUUGGCUAUGUUGUCUAUUGAGAAAAAAAUGUUAGACCAGCUUGAUUAUGGCCCCCAAAUCUCAGGUACGGCACUGGUUGCAACAACAGCUUCGCGGCUGCCAUGGCCGUGCCUCCGGCCUCUCCGGUCGAUUACUGCUGUUGCUGGCCCUGCUUCGCCUUUAUCGCGGUUGUUUCACCUUCAUCGCGGCUGCCAUAGCGUUUGA